AUGGAUGUUGGGACUGAUCACUUGGACAAUGACAUUGAGAUACUUUCCGUUAUGUACCCCGAAUUGCAGUUGUAUGGUACUUCUGACAACUGCAUCUGCGGAUGUCUUGAGUUCGCCUUGAUAUGCUCACAAGAUAUAGAAGUGCUCUGUCCUAAUGAAAAUACAAGUGGCAUAAUUAUGCCUAAAUUACCCAAAUGUACCCUCAAUUUUAAAGCUUUUCGUGAAUCGUAUCCCAAUCUGCAGCACGGACUCAGUUAUGCUUUAGAUUCCGAGUGGAUGUCGACCGAGGAUGUUCAAACGUUGAAAGAAAAGAGCUUUAGGAAUUUCAUAACUCAGUGCGAUUCAGAGGGGCCGGAUUAUGAUGAGAGUUUCCCUUUAUUAAUGAUGCUAUUUGAUUUCUUCAUCAACUGUGCAGCGGACUUUUUAUGUGUCAAUGGAAGGUACGAAUGCAAGACUAGCCAGCAGUUCGAAAACCUGAAGCGGCUCAGGGACUUGGCGUUAAAGGAGGAAUUUAAUAAAACCUCGUUUGACUGCUGCAUAUGCCUAGAAGUGCAGCAGGGAUCUAAUUUUGUCGCGAUGCCUUGUCAAGAGCAUUAUCUGUGCCGGGGUUGUGUCAAGUCCUACUUUGGAACAAUGAUAGAGGAAGGACGUAUCCAAAACGUUCGAUGCCCGGAAUGUCCAAUAACAGAAGCUGAUACGAACACACUGGAUUAUGACAAAGAGCUAGAGGAAGUUAUCCUAAAUCCUGCAAUUCCCUUCAAUUUUUUUGAGAGCUUUCUUUCAAAAAAUCUUUGCGAUAGAUAUAAGAGACUUUUCCUCGAACGAAUGUAUACCAAGCUUUUUCAGCUAAGACCUCAUUCCUGCACUAAGUGUCCGCGUUGUGGCAACUGGUGCUUAAAAGGAGACCCUGAUGACGACAUGGUGAUAUGUCAGCAGUGUGAACUAUCUUUUUGUUUUAACUGCCUUCAUUCUUGGCAUGGUAGCGCUAACUCAUGUGGCAAUCGAAUUUCGGUCGAAUUGAAGUAUGUUGAAGAAUAUGCGGACGAGUCGACUUCAUUAGAUCGAAAACGGGAAUUAGAAUUGAGAUUUGGCAGAAAAACAAUGGAGCUAGCUGCCGAUCAGUUGCUGGGAGACAAAUUACUGGAUCUCGCAAUCGAAGAAAAAGACUCAAAUCUGAAGAGAUGUCCUCACUGCAAAACCGUUAUUCAAAGAUCUGAAGGCUGCAAUAAAAUGAAGUGCACGAUAUGCGGAGUUGGAUUUUGUUUCGUAUGUGGCAAAGUCUUGUUUGGAGAUGAUCCGUAUGCACAUUUCAGGGAGUAUUUUUCGCCAUGCUAUGGACUUCUUUUCGAAGGAAUGCCUGGAACUGAAGACAAUGAUUAA